AUCAUGUCGGCCUGAAAUGUGAGCCGCCAGAUGGGCGUCUCAUAUCGUAUCAUAUCAUAUCUCAUCUAUCGAGACACGGCCCGAUUCCACUGGUAAUAGAACCGUGUCGACCCAACCCAACUCGCUCUAUCAAACCAAAGUUGUGAAGCUUCGGCCUUUCUUGCAGACACACACUAAGCGGACCAAACCGAGCGGCACAAGGAGCUUCACCCUACAAGAAAACACAUGGCAAAGGAAGCCACGAGGUCGCGAAAGAGGUCUCUCUCACCUCCCCCUGCUUCUGCUUCCGAUGAACGCUCUACAAGAACUUCUUCUGACAGCACGGUAGUGUUGAGGGUAAAAUUCAAUGAGGGGACGAAGAGAUCUUCCCAGCUGACUCAGUCAGGGAAGAAACCCAAGGCAAAGCAAAAGAAGAUUAACAAAAAACUUGAUGCUAAGAAGCCAAAGAAACCCCCAACUGCUUUCUUCUUCUUCUUGGAGGAUUUUCGUAAAGAAUUUCAAGAGCAGAAUCCAGAUGUUAAGUCAAUGCGUGAUAUUGGCAAGGCUUGUGGAGAGAAGUGGAAAACAAUGACUUAUGAGGAGAAGGUUCAAUACUACGAUAUAGCCACUGAAAAACGAGCAGAAUUUGAUAGAGCAAUGAUCGAAUAUAACAUGAAAAUGGAAAGUGGAGAGUACGAAGAAUCUGACGAGGAAUCAGAGUUUGAUCUGUAACCAUUUCCUUUGAAAUGGGGGUGUUUCUGUAUGAUUGGAAUUGCUUGAGCUAGAAUUUGUAUAUCUAGUUGUAGUCUAUCAUUGUGAAUAAUUAUUAGUCACUGUACCAUAUCCUUGUGUAAAGUAUUGAUGGUUACAAAGGGAGAUAUUAGCCAAGUAGCAAGCUUUCCUUUAACCAACAAUAGCAAGCAUUUGCUAUCUAGAAGGACCUUUCUGUUGUCCAAA